GCAUAGAGGCGCAAGUGGCGUGGAAACAUCUCGACGGGAAACUAGACUCGGUACUAGCGCUCCGUGCGGAGUUUUCCCUCUCUCUGCCUUCAGGGCUGACCUCUCCAAUCCCCCCGGUGUUUAUCUAGCUCUGGCGGCCUUGGCUGAAGAAGCAGAGAGGUAGCCGCCUGUCAGCGUCAGGUGGGCUCUCAUUGUUGACGUGCUGUGUUUAAUGACAGCGUUAAUCCGCGGCCUGGUGUUCUGUUGGACCUACCGACCAGAAGCGGGGUCUCCUGCAAGAUGAGUGGAGAUGAGCUGAACCCAGCAGCGGUGCCUCAGCAGGUGGAGGAUCUACAUGGAGAUGGACGCUGGAUGUCACAGCAUGUCAGGUUUGUGCAGGAGUGCAAAGAUGGAGAACCAGAGGUUCUUUUUGUUGGCGACUCCAUGGUGCAGCUAAUGCAGCAGUAUGAGAUCUGGGGGGAGAUGUUCUCUCCUCUGCAUGCGCUGAACUUUGGCCUCGCUGGGGACACCACCUGUAACGUUCUUUGGAGGCUGCAGAACGGAGAGCUAGAGAACAUCCGGCCAAAGGUGGUGGUUCUGUGGGUAGGAACCAACAACCAUCAGCACACAGCAGAGCAGGUUGCAGAGGGAAUUGUUGCCAUUGCUCAGCUGCUCACUAACCGCCUUCCCAAAGCAAAGAUUGUUGUACUGGGUUUGUUACCUCGAGGGGAGCGGCCCAACCCGCUGAGGGAGAAGAACGCCGCCGUCAACAGGCUCCUGAGCUCCAGGCUCCCACGGCUGGGCCAGGUUCUGUUCCUGGACGUGAGCAAAGAGUUUGUCCACUCUGAUGGAACCAUCAGCUCACAGGACAUGUUUGACUACCUCCACCUGACGCUGGCAGGUUACCGCACCCUGGCUAAGCCUCUCAGCGACCUGCUGCUCCAGAUCCUGGAGGAGACGCCUGAGGAGAGAAGGGCAUCGCUGGUUUAGGGGCCAAAGGACAGGUGGUGGGGGGGCUGGAAAUCCGAGCAGUCAAACAAAGUUUGACGUUGAACCGUCAUUCACUAAUCGAUACACAUAUUUUAAUUGAUCAGAGUUUGACCUUUGGCUGUGUUUGGAUGUCGGUAACCAUGAGCAACGCUGAAGUAAAGUCUCUGCCAUCAUCUGGAGCCUGCAGACCUUCUUUCAGUUUAAACACUUUAGUUUGUUUCCAAGUGUCUAAAGACGACCACAGAGUAUUAGGGCAUUACCAAAACUAUUUUAAUUACAAGACUAAAAUCAUAAUGUUACCAGAAUAAUAAUAAAAGCCUCUGCCUGAGCUCAGAUUACAGAAAAUUAGAAUAUCUCUUUAAUGUCAUAGUUCUACCAAUUUACUGUCUUAUCACAACUUCAUUCAUGAACGUCUUCUAAAAAACUUCACAUCCAGUUGCCUAAGCUGAACUUUUCAAGCUUAAUUCUCACUGACUGACUUUAUUUCCGUAAUGUUACUGAUUUAUUUUCACAACAUUCAGAUUUUAUUAUCGUAAUAAUACCAAUUUAUUUAAUGAUGAUAUAUUAUUUUCUUAAAUGUAUUAAUACAAUUCUUGUAAUGUUCUAACUUUAUUCUGGUAAAGGUCUGACCUUAUAAUGUUCCUUUUAUUCAACAUUCUGACUUUAUUGUUGUCAUCAUGUUUUAUUUUCAUAACAUUCCCAUUAAUGUUCUUUAUUCUGGUAAAGUUCAGACUUUAUUGUCGUAAUGUUAUGGUUUUAUUCUCAUAGACCAAACAUGAUCCCUUUAUUCUGAUAAAGUUAUAACCUCAUUUUACGCCUUUAUUCUCUUGACUCUGAACCUAGUUUUGUAAUCUCAGGAUUUUCCUCCUACACUUAUCAUUAUAACCUUAGUGACAUGACAUUCCAAAGAUUUUCUCUUAAAUUUUAACAACUUAAUAUUCCAACUUGGGCUGCAACUGAUGAUAAUUUUGCAAAUCGGUUAAUCUAUCAAUUAUUUUUGAUCAGUCGAUUAAUAAUCAGAUGGCCAAAUGUUCCUUAAAUAAGACAUUUUAGGAAAUUAAACCAGGUGAAACUAAAACAUUUCCACUUGAGGAGUUCUAGAUAGAGUAGAAUGACAGAAGAAAAGACUUUUUCGUAGUUAUUAAAGAAAAGUAUCUUAGUAUGGCCCCUUUUAUACUUGUGGUAAAAAAAAAAAAAACAGAUCAUAAUUUAGCCUAAAACAUAAUUUAACCAUAAACCUGCUCACCUACUUCUGGCUGCUAUUUCUCCAGUUUUACAUCCUUUUUUCUCUGAACUGCUUUGACGUUAGAAGCAAACAUGAGCUCGUCAUGAUCCUUCCUGUCAUGUUAAACAUUUGCUUAUGCUGUUACUGUAGCUUUUCUUUUCAGGGCGAAUUGAUUGCAUAACCUGUGAUUUCUGAAACAAAUCUGCAUGUAGAGUAAGAUUUUCCUGAUCACUGUCAGUCUGCAGAGUAACACCUGCUGCCUCUAAUGUUUGGGCAGAUUAUCUUUACCAAGUUGCAGAGAAACAUUUUUUGGUCUUCUAGAAUCUUAUGAAACAUUUAUUGUUGGAAAUCUGACCGCUCUGUUGGUGAUUCAUUUUAAUUGGUUAGCUUUGUCUCAUUCCAACAUUCCCAGUACGGUACAUUUAUUUGGUGAUAAACUGGAUUUACUGGGAAUAGGGACAUUGGUGUUAGCAUCCUUUGGUUCAAAAUCUUUUGGUGCUUCUUGGGCUGCUGUUAGACAUCUAAAAUCAUGUCUUUUUAUUCUGAAUCAGAGGAAUUCUGUAUAAGAUGGAAAAAACUUGGCUUGGUGAUGUUACCAACCGACACAGAUUUGGGAAAGGAAAAACUAGACUAACAUUGUUUUAUUUCUUCUCAAAGUCUCCGAUUUUAAUCCUGUUUGAAAUGUAGGAACUAAGGCUGAGUGAAAUAAAAUGGAGUGAAAUUUAUUCCACUAAUGUGGCAAAAAAACAAACAUACAUGUUUUGUAAAUGGAAAUUUGAAAAAAAUGCA